AUGGCGACGGCGGUGACGGCGUCGGGCGGAUGGUCGACCCCCUGGCGACGAUACCCGCACACCUCGACGCGUGCCUCCAUCUCUUCUCGCGCGCGUGUCUCGCGCGUGGACCACGGCCAGCCGGAUCCGAAGGGGGAGGCGCUGGCGUCGUGGCUGAGGACCCAUGAAGGGUUCGACGAGCUAGGGGUCCGAGUUCGUUUCGUUGGGGAGGCGCGGGGAUUCGCCGGGGUCGCGGUCGACGGCGUGAAGGAGGGCGACUUGCUGGUCCGCGUACCACGCUCCGCCAUGCUCACCGCGGAGGACGCGCGCUCGUGCCCCAUCGUCGGUGACGUCGCGUCACGAGUCUCCGACACGGCCGCUUUGGCGUUGAAACUCCUGGCCGAGAGGGACGCGGCGGAUGGAAGCGCGUGGAGCGCCUGGAUCGCGACGCUUCCCACCUGGGAGGCGGUCCGUGAGACGCACCCACUCGCGUGGUCCAGGGAGAGACGCGAACGCGCGCUGCGGGGCUCGCCGACGCUGACGCGCCUCGAAGCGAUGGUCGCGUCGAGCGUCGAAGAAUACGAAUCGAUCGCCGCCGCGUGCGCGAACGCGGGGGGAACGCCGGCGCCUCGCGUCGAGGACGUGACGUGGGCGCGCGCGAUGAUAUCGAGUCGCGCUUUCUAUCUCGACGACGGCGACGACGACGUCGAAGGCGAAGGGUGGUGGCACGACGACGACGACGACACAGCUGGCGACGAUGAGUGGUGGCCCGAUCCGGCGGAAUCUGGCGACGGGCUCGACGACGACCCAACCCAACCUAACGACGACGAGUUCGAAGCGUUCGGCGGGGUCGACGCCGCGCCCUUCGACGACGGCUAUCGCCGCCACGAUCCAACCGGCGCGUUCGUGGCGCUCGUGCCGUGGGCGGACGCGCUGAACCACUCCCCGGACGCGGAUGAGCGUUCGUUGCUCUCGUUGACGAGGGACGGCGGGACGGGCGCGGUCGUCGCCGAGCUGCGAGCCUCCGCCGCGUACGCGCCGGGGGACGAGGUGCACGACAGCUACGGCGUCGGCGUAUCCCGCGCGGACAGCUUUUUGCGGUACGGGUUCGUGGACGUGUCCGAAUUAAAGUGCGAGGAUAGCGUCGACGUGUCGGGCGAGAUUUUUCUUCGCGGGUUGCUGGGCGGCGACGAGCCGGCGGAGCCGUUGUUUGCGCGGCUGGACGCCGUGGGUUUGGGUCCCGGCGAGACGUGCGUCACGGUCACCGCGCACGGCGUGGGGGAGUCAGCGCUGGCGUGGUGCGAGAUGGCGGCGAGCGCUGCGAGCGGCGAGGACUUUGACGGGGACUUUGACGGGGACUUUGAGGAUGAGUGCGUCGCGGCGCUCUCGCGGGUUUGCGAGGCGAUGGCGGCGGCGUAUCCCGAACAACACGCGGCGGCGGUCGGGUCCGAGAGGGGAGAGGAGCGGGCGUGCGGGGAAGACGCCGCAGCGCUGAAAGGGUAG